AUGAUAGCAGACAACUUGCCAUUUUCUAGCAACCAGAUGCACAGAUUUGCAAAUGAUUGGCACUUUAAGAUAACAACAUCCAGUCCAAAAUAUCCUAAAUCAAAUGGACAAGCAGAACGAAUAAUUCAGCCAUCCAGCGUAGCUGUUGAUGAGUCGUUCCUUAAGAACCAAGCUUCCAACAACAAGUCAGAACUUACAUCCAAAAGUUGUAGAGAUAAUCUAGUUUACAGACAGCAACAACAAAAAAAGUAUUAUGAUCGUAAAUCGAAACCUCUUCCAAGUUUGAACGAAGGAGGUGUAGUACGUAUGAAUCACAAUAAAACAUGGAAACGUGGAAUUGUUCGUUUCAAACAUGAUGCUCCAAGAUCAUACAUUGUUGACACAGAGGAUGGUUCAACUUUAAGACGGAACCGUAGAGAUCUUAUCUACACCAAAGAAAAUCCACCUAUAUGUGCAGCACCAGUAGAUGAUAGCACAGAUCAUUUUCCAUCAUUAGAGGCAACACAACCUCAAAGGUUGGAAUUCCCAAUUCACCCUCAGUGCAACAGUCCAACAGAUGACACCACACAGUCUUCCUAA